AUGUCCAUCUCGAGUGUGUCUGCCAGUGAGUGGGCGCUGAUUGCAGCCCACCUAGUGCCAAGUGAGGACGCCAGGGACGACCACCACCACGUGUCCAUUCUUGAUGAAGCGGACGUUGACAAGCGUGCUGCUCAGCAAGCUCUGGGCCGAGCGUUCUUCAACCUCAUGCUGACGUGCCGCGAGCUGUACCACGACCUCCCGUGGGCCAUGCCAAAGUGGUGCCUGUCACGCGUCUACAACGGGAACAGGGCCGAAAGGGCGAUUUUGCACUGGCUCGACACGUUCCAAUCGGACCUCCUGCCAGCAACCACAGCAACCGCAGCAGCCACAGCAACCGCAGCGACCACCAAGGCCACAACCACCAAGGCCACAACCACUGCGUCCGCGCCAGCUGGCAGCACACGCAGCCCAAGUUCAUUGCCGAAAGAGAAAAGCGCCAUGGAGGGCGUUGCGUGGAUGGAGAGCCGCUUCCUUGCGCACUGCUGGCUUGGGGCAAAGUUUGACAGCAAGUGCACGUUCCUGCGUGCGAGGCUGUCAACGCCUACAUCGCCUGAGUUCUGGCACUCGUUUGGUCUCUGCGGCCACGUGAUGUUUGGUACCUUGAAUGAGCUCAAGUCUUGGUCAGCAACGCAGCAACAACAGCAACACCAACAACAACAACGACAACCACAAGAACAACAGCGACAACCGCAACAACCACAGCAGCCACAACCGCAACAGCAACACGAGCACAAAACACACCAGCACCCACCGGAACACCAACGCCAGCAACGACAGGACGCAGUCCUUGUUCCGCAAACUGCUGCCGUCUCAACACCACCCAAGAGCCAGCAAAAGGCGUCACAAGGUCCCUUGGCUCCAGCUUUGUAUUCUUUGAAUUUGAACCUGACGCGUCAGGAAGACGUUGAUUGCUUUCACCAGCUGCACACGAGGCUGCUCGCACGUGCAAGAGGAGACACCAUGUUUGUGCUGACACGAGUCACAAUACCCCUGCUAACGGUCAGCAACGUCAAGUACCUCACAAUCAAGUCCUUCUCCAGGACCACAAUCGACAGUCUCCACUUCCAUGAUGUCGAGGAAGUGGAGUGGCACCCAACUGCUCUCCAACGUGCGAUUUGCGGUACAUUCCGGCACACGCGUCACGUGACGCUUCAUGUCCCCUUCAGCCUGGAUGACAUCGCCGCGCUCGCGGGCGUGCCAGAGAUUGAAUUGUGGAGCAGCCGCUUGCUACAGCUGGAGCACAUGGACGAAGCGCAGGAAACGAACAUCGACACAAGCGCAGCUACCGACGUCUCCCCACUGCGCGGAGCCCGACAGCUUGGCCUCCACGUCCUCCCCGUGCUCAACGAGGCGUCGUCCCUUGAAGCAGCACAACGAGUGAGUCUCACAGAUGUGGCACUGACAACAAAUCGACUCGCCAAUGCCACCAGCAUCCGCCUGGCAAACAUGAAGGUGAUGCCAGACGUGCUGCAUCUUCCCAAGGCUACGGAGAUUGAGCUUGUCGAGUCUGACGUGAAGCAAAUCACGUGCCCAGCCCACCUUGACCGCCUGUAUAUCCACAAUGGAGGCAGCGAUGCCACCUUGCCAAUCCCUUCGUUUGAGUUCGCCAAGGAGGUCCAGCUCAAGCUCUUCUCUCUGGCACGGGAGCAGCUGGCUGACCUUGGUAGCCGCGUCGACACGCUGGUGCUGCAUGCGUGCGUCAGGAACAUGAGCGACCUGCAUGUCAUUCCAGACCACGUGCACGUGUGCGUGUCGAUGGGCAUGCGCGAGUUGAAUGUCGACGUCCCCGCACCACCGUGCGUGCAGGAGCUGCAAUGCUUGAGGAGAGCUGAUUUUCCUAUCCACCAUGUGGCGCACGUGCCACGCCUGACACUCCCCAGCACCAGUUCUGGCGCUCCCAUCCGCGACCUCUAUCUUCUCUCCAACCGCCAGCGCCUGUCGCUUGAAGGCUGUACCGUGGAAGGAGAGAUCACGGGCUGUCGCAGUCUGUUCCUCCGAGCAUGUCGUGGCGCUGCCACUGUCACCGCCACGCAUUACUUGUCUGUUCUUCGCGGUGCGAUUGCUUCGGAACAGGCGGGCGAUGAUGUGUUUCCCAAGCUUCGGCUCGCACGUGUGCGGGACGUGUCCGCGUGCCACCUGGACUCUUGCAGUAUCCAAGACUUUGCCUGCAUGCAGAACGUGCAGCGGCUCGUGCUAAGGAACUGCACGUUUGAUAGCGUGGACACCCUCCCACCAGUGGCCUCACUUCGCAUGCUCAACUGCACCACAAGUGACAAGGAGUGGGCGUGGCCAUGGCUGGUCCUCAUUAACCGGACUCCAGAGGAAAUGCGGCAUGUCUUGCUUGCAGGCAAGAAGCACCGGCGACGCUGACGGCGGCGGACGCGGGCGGCAGUGCUGACGCGAAGGAAAGGAGCUGACUGAGACUAUUAAGCGGCGCCACAGGGUGGCGUGGUGGAAAGGGC